AUGUUUGCGGCAAAUUCAAGAGCAAGAGAGGCAGCAGCAGACGGAGAGGCUAGGCAGCCUUUGCUGAAUGCUUCACACGAGGAUAUUUCAGCGGAUUCAAAUCAGAUUGUCUUCUCAGUAGAUGACGAGGACUCGGAAAGCAACAGUGCAGAGCCAUGGACGGCUGUGCGGAGAACAGAGUCAGGUGUUAGGUUUCAGGAGGAGGUGCAGGUCAUUGGUCCGCCUUUACGGUCCACAGUGCAGAGCCGAGAGGCGGCUGAUAUCCAGCGCGAGCAAAGGCGCUCCCGUGGGGCUCCACGGCAAGAACGUACUAUGCCCCUACUGGUCGGUCUCAUGGAUGCUUCUGCCGCAAGGAGAACACCGGAUACAACUAUUCCUAUGUAUGAACCAAAUCAUCUAGAGAAUGAAGGGGGUCAUCGGAGCAUAGACCUCGACGACCUCGCUGCAAAACAGUGGUCGGGUGGAGGCCUGCUGAACUCGGUUUCCAAUAUGGCGAAUUCCAUUCUCGGAGCUGGUUUACCGUACGCGGUCAGUCAAGCAGGAUUCUUUUUUGGCAUCUUUCUUCUGCUCGUCCUUUGUUAUGUCACCGAUUGGACCAUUCGAUUAGUCGUCAUCAACGCCAAGCUGAGCGGCAGAACCUCCUACAUCGAAGUCAUGAACAGUUGUUUUGGCCCCAGCGGUCGUGCAGCUGUUUCGUUCUUCCAGUUUUCAUUUGCUUUCGGUGGCAUGUGCGCAUUCGGCAUUAUCAUUGGAGAUACAAUACCCCACGUCAUUCGUUCAAUAUUUCCCACUCUGGACACGAUGCCCGUUCUCUCGCUUCUCACCAACCGCCAAUUCAUCAUCGUCCUGUGUACUACAUGUGUUUCCUACCCAUUGUCGCUCUACCGUGACAUCCACAAGCUUUCUCAUGCCUCUGGGCUUGCCUUGCUCAGUAUGCUCAUAAUCGUUUCAGCUGUUUUGAUCGAGGGACCACACGUGCCGUCCACUCUCCAGGGUGAUCCAUCGAAACGCCUCACAGUGAUUCAGCCGGGGUUCGUCCAGGCAAUUGGCGUUAUUAGCUUUGCAUUUGUGUGCCAUCACAAUAGUUUACUCAUCUAUGGGAGCUUGAAGACCCCCACCCUAGAUCGAUUUGCUCGAGUGACGCAUAUAUCGACGAUAAUCUCACUCGUGGCGUGCUGUACUUUGGCUAUUUCAGCCUUCUGGGUUUUCACAGAUAAAACACAGGGGAAUAUAUUGAAUAACUUCCCUGGGAACAAUUCGCUGAUCAAUGUCGCCCGUUUCUGCUUCGGGCUGAAUAUGUUUACGACGUUGCCCUUGGAGCUGUUUGUUUGUAGAGAGGUAAUCGAACAAUACUUCUUCUCGCACGAAAGCUAUAAUCCUCAGCGGCAUGUCUUCUUCACCACUACUAUCCUCUUCUCAUCGAUGCUUCUCGCAUUGAUCACCUGCGAUCUGGGCGUCACCUUGGAGAUUACCGGCGGUGUCUCAGCAACAGCCCUGGCGUAUAUCUUCCCUGCUGCCUGCUACCUAAAACUGACCGACCCACACGUUCCGUGGCACUCCCGUGCAAAGCUUCCAGCCGCAGCCUGCCUUGCGUUCGGGUUGGCUGCGAUAGCAUACACGCCGUUGAGCGAGCCAAAGAUGUGUAUGACCUGA